AUGGAGUCAGCCAAGGAGCAGCUUGAAAAUUAUUUUGAAGGUGACAACACAAAUAUCAUCGGGGUCUAUGGGAUGGCUGGAGUAGGCAAGACCCUUUUACUGGAAAACUUCAAUAACGAGCAUCUUCAACAAAGAGAACACCAUGUGAUCUGGGUCACAGUAGGCGACCACCCCGACCAUCCCACUAUAGAGGAAAUUCAAGUGAUUGUUAUGGAAAGACUGGGAAUACAUUGGCAGGAAAUCGAGGACAGAGAGCAAUGGAGAAGGGCCAUACAUUAUUGCCUCAAAGACAAGCCAUUUGUAUUGUUUUUGGAUGAUAUAUGGAGGCACUUGAAUCUUCAUGAUGUAGGAAUACCCAUUCCUGAACCUCCGUCUAAAUCAAAGAUCAUUCUCUCCACACAAGUAGAAGCUGUGUGCGCAAGUAUGGGUGCUGAAAAGGUCUUCGUUGAGUGCUUGAAUGACGAUGAAUCUUUCCUUCUUUUCUCUAUGAUGCCAGGGUGUGAGGUAGGUCCUAGGAGACCUUACCACCUUAAAUUGCUCUUGAAAAAAUGUGGUGGUCUACCGAUCGCAAUUAAGAAUAUCGCACAAUCAGUGGCAAACAAAUGCACCCGGUCAGUGUUGAGUUAUGUAAUAACGAACCUUGAGAUACCAUAUGGGCUUCUUCAGCUUACAAACGUUGAAUUUAUAUCUCGCAUGAAGCGUAGUUAUGAUAAUCUACGCACCGAGCAGUUGAAGACAUGCUUUCUGUUCUGCUCUUUGCUUCCAGAAAGUGUAGCUUAUGCAAGAGAGUCCUUGAUAAACCUCCUCCUAGGUGAAGAAAUUAUAGUAGAGAAGCGUUAUGAUCAUGGGCAUGAGGCCUACAACAGUGGGUAUAACCUGAUCGAAGAUUUGAAGAUAACGUUCUUACUGAAGACUAACUCAGAUAGUGAUAUGAUAUGCAUGCACCCGAUGGCUCGUGUUUUGGCCAUGUGGAUAUCUAAAUCAGAACACAAAUGGUUAAUAAGUGCAAACCGCAAACUGCGUAGGUUUUAUUGGCAGGAAGAUGCCGAAAGAAUCUCCUUUGCCUAUAAUGGCAUACGUCGACUCUAUAACAUUCCAAAUUGCCCUGAAUUGCUUACACUACUGCUUCGACGAAAUGGUCUGAAUAAAAUCUGCGACGGCUUCUUCGGGUUCAUGCCAAAGCUGAGAGUCUUGGAUUUAUCCAAUAAUCCCAUUAAGGAACUGCCAGAAGGGAUAGGAAAUUUAGUAAAUUUGAGAUAUCUUGAGCUUCGCAGUACAGCAAUCAGGUCACUGCCUAUGAAGAUGAAAGAUUUAGCCAAGCUGAGGUUCUUGAUACUAAAGUUUACAUGGUUUCUGAGAGUCGUGCCGAAACAUCUCAUUGCAAAUCUCACUAACUUGAGAGUGCUGGAAAUGGAUUACAGUUUCGGGGAUUGGAAAGUAGGCCCUACUACUCAAGAUGGGGCCAAUAUAGAUGAAAUCGAUCAAUUGCCGCAUUUGAAGACACUCGGAAUCACUAUAGAAAGAGAAGAUGCUCUAGAAAAGCUCAAAAUGUCUCCUAAGUUGGCAAUAUCCACACGAAACUUAACCUUGAGAACUUUCCCAGGUUUGACAACCAUAUCGUUGGCAAGUCUUCUGAAAGAAGUCCAACAUCUGAGGGUUCUGUACAUCAAAAGUUGCAAUGAUUUGGAAAGUGUAGUCAUCAAAAGCCGAAGAUCAGAUUCUAAAUGGACACGUCUUGCAGAGAUACAAGAACUAUACCUUUCAUCAUUGCCCAAAGCUGUCAUUUCGUGGAAAAAUGCAAGUAUCACUUCCAUACGCAAGUUAGUGCUUGAGGGAUGUAGUAAAAUGGAACAACUAAUCCAUGUUGAGGACGACGACGAUGACGACAAAGAAAUUGAUAUCUUCCCGAAUCUGGAAAGGCUAGAGCUGAAAGAAAUGGAAGGGCUAAAGAGUCUCAACUGCGGAAAGAGAUUGAUGACUCUUCCUCGCUUGACAAUUUUAAAAGUUAUGAAAUGCUCAAACCUGACUGACAUCACAAUUCUUACAAGACAAAGAGUGACAGUGACGUGUUUUGCAUCAUGGUGGGAGCUGUUGGAAUGGGAAGAUGAACUGAUCAAGUCCAAUUUCAUUCCUUUACUGAAGCCUAGUCGUUCCUUCCAGGACUCGGAUAGUGAUGCAGAAUGGAACUGGAAUCCUAUAGUGGCCUACUCAGAGCCGGCUUAUUAA